AUGAACAACAACAAUCAGUUCUCACGGUUCAAUCUCUUCUUUCGUCUUACCUUCAUCAUUCUCCUUCAUCCUUUAUUUCUGCCAGUGCCGUUACUUCAGGGCGACUUCCGGUGUACUCCUUUGGGUUCUUGCAGACUGCAGCUGCAAGAAUUCAAAGGUACUACCCUACAGUCGCCCUUCAAACAUAGUUUCUCAAGGAUUUUGGAGACUUUGGAUGGCGCAGUGACAGCCACUCCUCCCUUUGAGCGCCCUCCUGGCAGUUCCCUAACGAUUAUACUUGCGAAUUUCGGGACUUUGGAUGGCAGACUUUGGAUGGCGCAGUUAGAGCCACUCCUCCCUUUGAGCGCCUUCCAGUUCCUUAAACUAUUCUGCUUAUUGGAACUGGGGGUUGCGCAGUGCAUGCCACUUCGCAGUGCAUGCCACUUGUUAGUGGCUCCUGCUUAUUGGGACUGGGGCUCAGCGCAGUGCAUGCCACUUGUCAGUGGCUCCUGCUUCUUGGAAUUGGCGGUAGCGCAGUGCAUGCCACUUUGCAUGCCACUUGUUAGUGGCUCCUGCUUAUUGGGACUGGGGCUCAGCGCAGUGCAUGCCACUUGUCAGUGGCUCCUGCUUCUUGGAAUUGGCGGUAUCGAAGUGCAUGCCACUUCCUGCUCCAACUUUUUAAUGGUGACUGCUGAACCUGCCGGUACUUUUGUGUGA